AUGUAAGUUUUAAGAUUCAAAUAAGAAUUUUAUGCUACAUAGUUUAAAAGUGUCUUGACGAAAAAUGAGCAAAUCUUCAUCUAAAAUGAAAGUGAAAGCGGAAUUUUCGAUCGAAAUCCUGAAUACUCAAAAAAGAUGGAUUUUUUUAAAGUAAUAAUAAGGUAUAUUAAAUUAAUUCAAAAAUAGUUAUGAUGCUGGAAAAGAAUUAUAUUAAAGCAUCUAUUAGAAUAUAGUGGCUUUAAAAAACUUAGUGAUGUCAACAAAAAUCUGUUAUUAGGGUUAUAUUAAAAUGAUUUAUGUGUUUAUAUUUCUGAACAAUUACCAUUUUGUGCUUUUAAAAUGGCAUAUACAUUUAUUUUCCCAAUUAUCCUGUGCCAGAGAAAAUCCACACAAUAACAGAGAACAUCUUUAACAAGGAUUUAAUGAAAUUUAUCAAGAGUAAAUAUAUUUAUAUUUUAAUUCUAUUUUUGUAAAUAAAUUUAUAAUAGAGUUAUAUGGAGAGUUAGUUGGAAACUAAUAUUUAUGAAAUUAAAAAUUUCUUAAAUACACCAGAAUACUAUUAGGUAUUAUUGCCUUAUUUAUUUUAAUUGAAUAAAGUAAUUGAAUUAUUUUAUAGAUCAUAUUCAUAUCUGCAGAUAUUUUAGAAAGGGAUUAUCUAAAUUAUUUAAUAUAUACAAUUAUUUAUGGGCUAAUUGUAUCCUUUAUAUUAUUCUAUGUGAUUAUUUUAUGCACAAGAAGAUUAUAAAGACAAAUCAGAGCAAAUCGUUAAGUUUAAUAUUGUUACCACAUGAAAGUUUAUUGGAUGUUUAGGUUUAUAAUGCAAUCAAAAAUUUUGAUUAAGGAAUGUGAAAUAUUAUUAACAUUUGACUUAUAUACAAUAAUUAUCUGUAAGAUAGAAACUAUAAGCCUUUUGCAUCAUGAUUAUAAUUGA